AUGGCCACUCUGUCGCAUCACCAAAAACACACGGUAAACCAGUCUGCCUCUCCUUCUGAUACCUUCGACCAGGAUACGACUGCUCGCUCUCACCCACCUUCUCAAACUACUACUCCACGCUCUUCGCCUCCUCUUCAACCACCUCCCGCACCACCAGUGAACGCUACCAACAACCCUUCCACUGUCUCCGCAAAUACAACCACAGGAUCAAGAUCAGCUUCAGGAUCAGGGCCAGCACCAGGAACGGACGCACCCGUCUACAUCCCAUAUCACCCACAACAAGGUCACCAUCGCCAUACCUCGUCAGUCUCAAGAUUCAACAAUCGUUCCUCCACAGGUCUCUUUGCAUUGGCCGCCUCUGCCUUUGACCGCACGCAAAACGCAAUUGCUGCCAUUUCAGAGCCUUCCGUCCGACCUCGACAGUCUAGCGGAGCUCUCUCAAGGCUUUCCUUGCUCACCAGCUCUUCACCUUCGUCCGAACCCUCCAGUCCGGACAAGUAUCACCGUCUUCGAAGCUCCUCAAAUCAAUCACUUUCGUCAGGCGCAACCGUGGACGGCAAGAUUGCUCCCCAGACUUUGCAGGCGAACAACCCACCAUCUCAGCCUUACGCAACAACAGACCCGAAUCACCCUCUCCCUUACAAGUCCUCCACAGCCGCCAAAAUGCACCAGACAUCAUCGCGCUUAUUGCGCAUGACGGACGAUGACCGACCAUUCACAAAGGACUUCAAAGAUCUUUUCUCAACCCUUGUCGUUAGUUUGCUGCCGCUCUCGGCUCAUCGUGUCCGAUUGACCAAGGUUGAAUACACCUUUUUAUCCGAGGAUGCUAUUAACAACCUGGGCUCUCUCAAAUUCUCCCAAUCCAACCGCAUGCCUGACCCUAAGGACCCCUCUCGUAUCGUUACUACCACAACAACCACCACAUUCUCCAUGGCUAAGGACAUGGCUCGUUCUAUCUGUCAAAGGUUUCUGGAGGCACGUUUUAUCGAAUCAGCCGAUGGCAAAUACCAGCAGGUUUAUACGAUGAAAGGCUCUGUCUGGCAACUAACCCCCAAGGGUAUCACCGUAUUGGAUAGGUUCUGUUCCAGAAACGGCAUACAGCAAAAGCAAGUUUCUGAGCUUGCCAACCUUGCUUCCACCCAACUGGUGCUGCUCGAGCGCGACCCUCAGACGGACAAGCUCCUCCACGAUCACGGCACAAUCGAAGUUAUCUUCCGCCGUUUUGCUGGAGCCGAGGGCCGCAACAUCAAGUCCACUGUCAACGCUGCCGACUCAGACUCUCUACAUGAUUACAGGGAUGGACUUACAGGCGUCAAGAUGGCUGCUGAGCGCAAGGUGAAUGGAAAGACAUAUCGUGAUACCUUCACUGGCAAGGCCACUACCGAUUGGCUUAUGGACUGUUCGACUAUUGUGGAUAAGAGGGAAACUCUCGAGGUGGCUACUCUCUUCGUCGAGUUCGAGUUGAUGGAACCUGUGGCCCAGGACCGGGCUUACAUGGCCCAGAACCCUGGCUGCAACCUUUUCCAGCCUACCAAGUAUGCCAUCUACCAGCUAUCACAACGCGGAAAGGAUAUUGUCAGCGGUGCUGCCUCCCGAGGACGUGCUUCUGAGAGUGAAGGCGGUGCCACAUCCCAGCGCAACGGUAUUACCAGAGACUCCAACACUCAACGCCUCGACAAGAUCUUGAACGACCCAGCUCUUCGCCUCCUUUUCCGUGAACAGCUCCGGGAUACUCACUGUGAAGAGAACUUGUCAUUCUACCAAGAUGUGGAUGAGUUCGUGCGCAGCUGCAAGGCUGCUACACGGGCUGCGCAAAAGGCGCCCAACACCAAUGCUAUGGACGGAAUUAAGGAGAUUAUGGCUUCAGCAUAUGGUAUCUACAAUGCCUUCCUGGCUCCGGGAUCGCCUUGCGAACUCAACAUCGACCACCAGUUGCGCAACAACCUGGCUACACGAAUGACCAAGGCUGUUGGACAGGAUGUGGCUAUGAUUGACACUCUUCAAGAGGUGACGUCGCUGUUUGAAGAUGCUCAAAACGCUGUCUUCAAGCUGAUGGCUAGUGACUCGGUACCAAAAUUCCUUCGCAGCCCCAAAUAUGAGCAGCAACUGCGAAACUACGAGUUCGAAGUUGUUGGCCGAGGCCCCGAGCGAAGCCAAAGCAGAUCCAACCGAAAGUGA